AUUGAAACUCCAUUUAAGGCAUGAUGUUGAGAAUUAAGUCCUUAGAAAAUCUCCAUGGAAAAUACACUCCAUCAAGAAACACUACAAAGAGUGUUAUCUUGCUUCCAUUGAUUCUUCUUCUUCUCAUCUUCUUAGUAUAUCCAUACCAAUCAUUUCCCAAGAUUUCUGAAGUAGGUACCAACAAUUUGAAUUUGAAUAAUAGAAGUAGUAGUGACACAAAAAGAUGCAACAUAUUCAAUGGAGAUUGGGUUCCUUAUAGUGAAGGGCCUUACUACAAUAAUGAGACAUGCAAUUUGAUAAUAGAUCAACAAAAUUGCAUCAAAUUUGGAAGACCUGACAUGGAGUUCCUUAAAUGGAGAUGGAAACCCUAUGAAUGUGAGUUACCACUCUUCAAUGCAACUCAAUUCUUGGAGAUUGUCAAAGGAAAAUCCAUGGCUUUUGUUGGAGACUCAGUGGGAAGAAAUCAGAUGAAUUCAUUAUUGUGCCUCCUAAGUCAUGUAGCACAGCCUGAGGAUAUUUCCCAGAGAUAUAAAACAGAUGCCAUAUAUUUCAGAAGGUGGUUCUAUGCCGAUUACAAUUUUACCCUUGUAACACUUUGGUCCCCAUAUUUAGUGAAAACAAGUGAUGUUGACCCUAAUGGUCAUUCUUCUAACAGCCUCAUGAACCUACAUUUAGAUAAGGCAGAUGAAGCAUGGGUUAGAGAGAUUGAAAGCUUUGAUUUUGUCAUUGUCUCUGCUGGACAAUGGUUCUUUAGGCCACUAAUAUUCUAUGAAAAUGACACAAUUGUUGGUUGCCACAAGUGUGAACUAAAGGGCAUUAAAGACCUUUCACAUUACUAUGGUUACAAAAUGGCAAUGAGAACAGCGUUAAGGUCUUUAAUUAAUCUCAAAGGGUAUAAGGGUGUAACAUUUUUGAGGACAUUCUCUCCAGCACACUUUGAGAAUGCUGAUUGGAACAAAGGUGGAAGUUGUGAGAGGACAAAGCCUUAUACCAAAGAAGAGAUUAAGUUAGAUGGUUAUAUCUUAUGGACAUAUAUGACUCAAGUUGAGGAGUUUAUAGAAGCUCAAAGAGAAGCUAAGGAAAGAGGUUUGCAACUUUUGAUGAUGAAUACAACUGAAAUUAUGCUUAGGAGGCCUGAUGGACACCCUAACAACUAUGUCUAUGGACAUCAUUCAUCAAAGGGUAAAAAAGUCAUUCACAAUGAUUGUGUUCAUUGGUGCUUGCCUGGCCCUAUUGACACAUGGAAUGAAUUUUUGCUUUAUUUGUUGAAAAUGGGAAGUCAAUUUUCUUUCAAUUCAAACUUGGAGAGAUUUGUGUAGAACAUUAAUUUUGUUUUAGGAUGCAAGAAACAAUAUUUUUAUUGGGGCAAUUAGAUAAAUGUAUUUGUUUACAAUUUAUCAAUAAUUAACUGACUCUAGUGUGAAAAAUGUAAGUCAAUUUGUGGGUACAUAUCUAAUUUGAGGGAUUAUCUUUUCUUUUUCUAUUUCCAAAUUUGGACUAGCUAGGUGUGUCCCUUAGGCCUUUGUGGUAUUCACAUUUUUUUUUUAUUGUAACAAUAAACCAAUUGACAUUUGAUCAUUUAUGUCCUUUUAUUAGAAACUUGUUUAUUUAAAAGUA